CUUUUUGCCUCUUUCAUGCCUGUUCAUCGGCUAAUGUUCUGGAGCGCAGGUUCGGGAUCGGGGUGACUCACCGAGAAGGCGCGAGGGAAGGCGCUGUCGCCGCCGCACACACUUGGGUCCGCGGCUGGCGACGCCGCCCGGGCUGCCCCGCGCCGGGGGCCGAGACGGGGACCGCCGGUCCGGGUGUCCGCUCCGCCUGCCGUGUCUGAUGGCGGCGGCCGCGCCCCGGGACCCGACUCAGGGCACUGUGACCUUUGAGGACGUUGCUGUGUCCUUCUCCUGGGAGGAAUGGGAUCUUCUUGAUGAGGCUCAGAGACACCUGUACCAGGAUGUGAUGCUGGAGAACUUGGCGCUUAUAACCUCCCUGGGUUGUUGGCAUGGAGCAGAGGAUGAGGAGGCACCAUCUGAGCAGAGCAUUUCUGUAGGAGUGUCACAUGUCAGGGCUCCCAAGACAGGUCUUUUUCCCCAGAAGGCCAACCCCUAUGAGGUGUGUGGUCCAGUCUUGAAAGAUAAUUUUUACUCGGCUGAGCACCAGGAAACACAAUUCAGUGAGAAAGUGUACACUGGUGAGACACAUGAGAAAAGAUUCUGUUUCAGCGAAAACCUUCAGCAGCAGCAGAAGCAGCAUGUGAGCGAUAAGCCCUUCGGUAACAAUGUAAGCAGAGCUUCAGUGAUCAAGAGCUGCAGGUUGCAAGUGUCAGGGAAGCCCUUUAUCUGUGGGGAGAUUGGGAAGGAUUUCUUGGCCAGCUCAGGAUUCCUCCAGCAGCAGGCCACACAGACUGGAGAGAAGUCAAACAAUGCAACUGAAUGUGGGGCGGCUUUCCACAAGGGAAAAACUCAACACUGCUGGGGAGACAGCACAGAAGCUUUCAGCCACAAGCACACAUUUGUUCAUCACCAGAGAGUCCGCCCUGGAGAGAGAUGUUACAUGUGCAGUGAAUGUGGGAAAUCUUUUAGCCAUAACUCUAGCCUUAUUAAACAUCAGAGAGUUCACACAGGAGAAAGGCCUUACGAGUGUGGGGAGUGUGGAAAAUCCUUUAGCCAGAGCUCCAACCUCUUUCAACAUCGGAGAGUUCACACUGGAGAAAGGCCUUACGAGUGCAGUGAAUGUGGGAAAUCUUUUAGCCAAAGCUACAGCCUCAAUAACCAUCGGAAAGUUCACACUGGAGAGAGGCCAUUUGAGUGUGGAGAAUGUGGCAAAUCCUUCAGUCAAAGAUCCAACCUCAUUCAACAUCGGAGAAUUCACACUGGAGAAAAGCCUUAUGAGUGCAGUGAGUGUGGGAAGUCCUUUAAUCAAAGUUCUGCGCUCCUGCAACACCAUACCGUUCACACCGGAGAACGGCCCUAUGAGUGCAGUGAAUGUGGGAAAUCCUUUACCUACAAUUCCAGUCUUUUAAAACACCAGAAAGUCCACACAGGAUCAAAGCCUUAUGAGUGCAGUGAAUGUAGGAAAUCUUUUAGCCAGAAUUGCAGCCUUGUUCUACAUCUGAGAGUUCACACUGGAGAAAGGCCUUAUGAGUGCAGCAAAUGUGGAAAAUCUUUUAGCCAAAGCUCUGCGCUCCUUAAACACCAGAGAGUUCACACUGGAGAAAGGCCAUAUGAGUGCAAUGAGUGUGGGAAGUCCUUUAGGCGAAGCUCCAACUUCAGUGACCAUCGGAGAGUUCACACUGGAGAAAGGCCGUAUAAGUGUAACCAGUGUGGGAAAUCCUUUAGUAAAAGCUCUGGCCUCACUCGACACCAGAGAGUUCAUACUGGAUUGGGCAUUAUAAAUAUCUUGAAUGAGAAAGCCAUUAGCCGAAGCCCUUACCUCAUUGAUUACCACAAAAUUCACAUGGGAGAAACAACUUAGAUAUGUAGCAAAUGUAUUUCCUUGUUCAGUAUAACAACGAGGAGAUCUCUUUUGAGGGUACCAUUUGCCUGAAUGGCGCCUCUUACAUCCACACAUCAAAAUAAAUUCCAGGUAUGUGGAGCUGUGUUGCAUGUUUCAGCUUGGACCCGUGUGAAUUUUUAUUACUGUUGAUUCUGUAGCAGCAGCCAUUCACCUCUCCCACCUGCAGGUGCCCAUAUGUAUAUCAUUUAUCUGCUCUGAUGUGUUCAGCAAAGUAAACCUUGGUGUUUUCCCAUUCACUGGGUAAAUGUGAGAAGCCAGAGUACUCAUUUUUUUCUCUCUGAUUAGUAGGGCACAGAUGACCCUGUUGUGUUCCAGAGGACUCCAUCUGAGUUCUGCCUGUGACCUGAAAAGUCACCUUUUUUAGGGAUAUUGGUCUGGUAAUUCUUGUGAUGGAAUUUCCUAGCCUCCAAAUCACUAACCGAGGAACAGCCUUCCUCUGUUAAUUCUGGUUUGUGCUAUAACAAAGGCCUUAUUGUGCAAGUCAUCUUUAUCUUGAGGGUUAGAUUUACUUUAUGGGGUGGUUUCAGAAUGACAGGAGAAAUAGCUGGCAUGGGCACCCCAAUCUUUGUGUGCUUCAGGGGGAUAGAAGGAUGGUAGUCCUGUCUCUAGUUUGGGCCUUGUUUGCAUUGUUGCCGAAGGCCUCUAAGGAAAUUAUGUAGGGCUUUGUGGUUAAAUUGUAGCCUGGAUGCCAGGAAGUUUCGUGCUGUCAGCACUCACCUUGAAGAGGGGGCAGUUGUGACAAUCUCUGGUACUUCUGGGAACAACAUAAAAUUGUUUUCUUGUUUGCAGGGGAUGUUGCAUUGUGCUCAGCACUGGUGCAGGAAAUCUGUUCCCAGGUCUUGGAAAGGAGAGAUGUACCCUAAUGCCCAGAAUUCUGUUUGGUGGUGUCACUGGCUGAAAGAUUAUAGGGGGAGUCAUAAUUGUACACAAACGGAGAAUUAACAGAGAGGGCAAGAGAUUGCAACAAACUGGUUGGAUUGUGCCUCUUUUAUAAAAGGGCACCUGCUAUUGUGCUAGUCAGUAUGGCUGUGAAGGAUGAGCAAGUACAGAAAUUCUCAGAUCCUUCUGAACUGUGAAGCUUGUGUAGCUGAGGGCCUUGUCAGAAAAUAAUCUAAUAGGGGGACGCCUGGGUGGCUCAGUUGGUUAAGCA